CCCAUCCACCCUACAUACACGCCCGCUUCCGGCCUCUCACGUGUGUCACCGUUCCCGUUUAUCCUCACUGGGGCAUCGUAUUCACGCCGUCCCGGUCUUCGGCCAUUGGCUUUUGAGAUCAUCAGGCAAUGGAUAAAAUCUAGAUGCAAAGUUGCUUUUCUGCGGAUUUUCUAAUCUUGAAGAUGCACAAAGAGUCCACAGCUCCAGGACUGGAUGCUGACAAAAUAGAAGUUCCUUCACCAAAGGAAGAAAGUAAUUCCACAAAUUCUGAAGCUGCUACAGAUACCGAAAACUUUGAAAUUAGCGACGAUGACGACGAUGAUCGUAAUCACAAGCACCGAAGAAAAGAGGCUAUGCCUCAAUCUUUUGGUGAGAGUACUGAGGAGCAAGCUGCAGGGAGACCUUCGAAAAGAAGGCCCAUGAUUUCUGGUAAUGGACAGCCAUUUGGUGGAGCUGAUUCACGUGGGGAAGCACAGAAGGACUUCAUACCAAAAUUCAAGAGGCGUCUUGGACCAGGAGCUCACAGUCGGGGAGGUAGAAUGAACCAAUCUUUCCAUUCAGCUUCGGCUGCCACUCGCCCUCCUAUGACACGGGGAAGAGGACGGAAUGGUGCACCCUGGACUCAGCAUGACCCAAGAUUUAACACACUUGACAUGAUGGAUUUUGCAUCACACAUGGCGUCACAAGGACCGCCUCCACAUCCUAGCUUAUUUAUGGGUGCUCCAAUGCCGAGUAGUGGUAGUGCUCAAAAUGGUUCAUGGGGUCCACAUGGGUUUAUGCCUGGAAUGCCUAAUGGAAUGCUGGAUCCAUUUCACCCACAUGGAAUGCAGGGCCCUAUUCAGCCUGCAAUGUCACCUUUAAUUGAUCUUGGCAUGCCUCGUCAACGUUGUAGAGACUUCGAGGAGCGUGGAUUUUGCUUGAGAGGGGAUAUGUGCCCCAUGGAGCAUGGAGUAAAUAGAAUUGUUGUUGAAGAUAUGCAGAGUCUAUCACAGUUCAAUCUUCCAGUCUCAGCUCCAAAUGCCCCGGGACUAGGAAUCCAAAGUGAGGCAGUAACUGCUCAUGUUAACUUAACAAACCUAGGAGGCAGUAAAGGUGUUACUGCGAAAGAUACCAAAUCUGGUGUGGCAGAUGAUGCAUUAAAGCUAAAUGGAAGCACUGGUUCAGCUGUUGUUAACACUGAUGUAUAUGAUCCUGAUCAGCCUCUGUGGAACAAUGAACAGCCUGAAGCAUCCUGUGCUGGUUUUGCACAUGCUAAUGAUGGAGUAUGGAAUGCUGAGACCUCAAGCUAUGAAGCAGGGUGGGAGCAUGCAAACCAGGGUUUUGCAGCUGAUGGUUCACAGAAUUCGAAGUCUUCUGUUUGGGGGAGAAUAGCAUCAAAGAAAAAAUCAGGACCUAGUAAAAUAGCUAAUACUACUUCGACAAGUGCCACUGGAAACAAAAGAAGUGACUACUAUGAUGAUAUGGCUCCUAGCACCGUCCAAUUAAAGCCGGCUUCUAGUAAGGAUACUAAUGGUCAAUCUAAUUCAAGAAUGCUUGGAGAUGUGGGCCGGCAAAGUAAUAGAGCUCCUCACAAAGCAUCUCGCACACUUUAUGUGAAUGGCAUUCCGCAGGAAAGCAAUAGAUGGGAGGCCCUUCUUUCGCACUUCCAAAAAUUUGGUCAAGUAAUAGAUAUCUAUGUUCCAGCUAACAGUGAGAAAGCUUUUGUCCAGUUCUCUAAAAGGGAAGAAGCAGAAGCUGCCCUAAAAGCUCCAGAUGCUGUGAUGGGAAACCGUUUUAUAAAGCUAUGGUGGGCUAACAGGGACAGGAUUACUGAAGAGGGAGAGGGUAGAAUCUCUACAAAACCUGUGCUGACAAAUUCGGCUCUAGCUCAACCAUCUUCAUCCAACAGAGGAAACGAUCUCCAAUCUACAACUCCAAGGGCCAGUUCUGGAUCUUCUGCAUCAGGUCCUGGUGUAGGUCCUAAAACGUUGCCUGCAAACAGUAUAGCAUCAGUACCUCCUGCCCCCAAAAGGCAAGAAAGUAUGGAACUCCUGGAAGAACUCCGUAAAAAACAAGAUAUGUUAGCUCAGAAGCGUGCUGAGUUACGCCAGCAGUUAGAGGCAUAUGUGAAACAAAAAAAUUCAGGAAAUCCAGUAAAACAGACAGAGACUAGUGGAAAAGAAGUUGGGACAAAUGCUGCUGGGAAAGUGGUAGAUAUAAGGUCCAUGAACGCCGGGACAGAAGGGCUGCAAGAGGUUGCUAGUACACUGGAAAAGAAAAUUUCCGGGGAUUUGGCUUUAUCUUCCCCAAAAUAUGCUCCAACAUCCACUCAGAAACCAGCUGUAGCUGUAAAGCAGACAUCUCCUCUGGUAGCACCACCUCAGAAUAGGUUUAAGCUUGACAACCGCACCACGUCGUUUAGGAUCCUUCCUCCUUUGCCACCUGAAAUUGCAAAUGAAUCUGUCUUGAAAGAUCAUUUUGCCGCAUUCGGGGAGCUCUCAUCUGUUGUUCUAGAAGACACUGAAGCCCACAACCAUGAUACAACCUUGCCUUCUCUGAGUUGCUCAGCUUGUGUGACCUACACAACGCGGCAAUCUGCUGAGAAAGCAUUUAUUACUGGCAAAUCUUGUAAAGGGCAUAUGCUACGAUUUAUGUGGUUGACGGCUUCUCCUGGCUCAAAUAACCAAUCGAGAUUUCAGAAAACAUCAAGUCUUGUUGGGGCAGCUGAGUCCUCAAGCCCUGUUGCGAAAAUCUCACGCAUUGUCACAUCUGGUACAUCAGUCAUUCCUCAUAGUGAAUCCAUUCCAACCGCAGAAAGUUCAGAGAGAUUUCCUGUUGAGACUUCCAAGGUAUCAUCUUCUAGUGUCGAGUGCCCACCUGAAAAUGAUUCCACAAGGAAUCCUCUCCUUAUAGACCCUUACGUUCCACAAUGAGGUGACGGAGCAAAUAGCUGGGUGAUAUUCCGACACUUCGUUUUGGUCGCUUGUCUAUUACAUGAAUGAGUGCUGGUACACGUACGGUAAAACAUGUAUCAGUGUACGGCACGGAACACGAACCAUCCGCACGGCCCAUUUAUUUGUCGUACGUGAACCAAUUCCGUACAUGAAUCCUGGGGAAAACUCUCUUACACAUCUCAAGUCAUACAAAGAAGCUCUGAAAAUUAAUCCUGGGGGAAGCUUGUUUUAAGGGAAAGACUACAAAGUGAAUGUAUACAGGGCAUUUUGCCGACUGUUCAUGUUGCCCAUUUCUUAAUUUAUGGAGAAGAUGUAGCUUCUGUUUGAAUGUUGUAAGAUUCUCGGUUCAUACCUUGCGAGUAGCAGCAACCUGCUAAAAGCGGUCGGCACAACGCUAGCUAUAGGCCUGCAUGCACUUUCUGGCUGAAAUCAGCUCCACGCGCCAUUGCCAUAUUUCUCUAGGUUUCCUGUCCUAAACUUUGCUACCUGUGCAUAUUGAACCAACUAUAGGGUCGACACCUUCAAUGCAAUUUUUGUAACCUGGCUAG